AUUCCAAGAUGGAGGAGGUGGACAAUAUAAUUAUUCACACGUUCAGACAAGUCGGCUGGUACGGUUAAAAUUUUGUUUGUUUCUUCGGUUGUCCCUUGGAUAAUUUGAAAACUUAGCAAUUUACUCGCUAAACCUUUAUUUAAACUUGUUGUGCUCCGAAACUUGCUGUAUGAUCGUUAGUUUAUAACCCCCAAUGUGGCUGUCUCCCUCCUUCGAAAUGCUUUGAUACAUAUCGUCCUUAGAGAGACAAAAGAGAUCAAUAGACCACUAUACCGAAUCAUAAAGAUCAUAAGCUAGUUAAUAAGUUCAUGUAUGUAUUAAAAACUCUAGGAAACUUUACCGUUUUAUGGGCCAUAAAUAGUGCCCUCGUUGAUGACCAGCCCCUCCUCCUGGAAACACUUAGAAAUGAAACAACUCCCCCUCCCUCUCGAGACAUUUUCCCUCACGAAUUUUGCUCAGAAACGAGGCCAAUAAAUGCAAGAUGAGUAUCAGAUUCAUAAUAAUUUUUUGUCUUCGAACAAUAUGGAUUUGAAUUUUUACCCUUUGUGAACAACUGUUUUAUUAUUCCUUUCAUUUGAGAGGGACUGAUGCUUACAAGAUGCCCAAAAUUCACAGAAACAUGUUUGGCUUUAUAUUUUAAGCUUUGUAAACUGAUAUUGAUUUUAGGGUGAUAUCGACAGGGAGGGUAAUUUCCAGAAAGUGUAGUCAUUUUGUCAAGGUUGAGAUGAUCAAUGGAAAGGCAGAAUCUGUUGUAUUUAAAAUACAUCCAACUUUUAGCCCUCUGUGUGAUUUAAACACAUUCCACUCUCUUAAUAGUGACAUCCCUGAGGAUGUUUCAAGUCUAAAGGAGUUUACCACAGCCAUGAUUGUAGCAGCAACAUCAAAAUGUCUUCAUAUGAUCAAAGAAGAUCUUCAGAUUCCAUCUGUGUUGCCUGCUAGCAUGUCGUCUAAGUUCCGUCUUGGAACAACCCUUGCCAACGCUUGUCAGGUGCGUUUUUGUUUUCAGAAGUUUUAAGGGUCUGUGCAUGAAUCAACCUACUCUGUUUGUGAAAUUUUAAGACUGUUUUUCUCCGAUCUGCACAUCAGUUUACAUUCGAGCAACAGUUUAAUUGGAGAGCGUUUUUCUAUGCUUUUUUCCUUUGUUAUUUUCAAUGUAUAGUCCUAAAAGAAAUACUGAUACCAUCCUUUUCAUAUACAACCUGUCACAAUUUUCAUAACCUUGACAAAAGAAAAUUUGAAAGAAACAACCCUGAUCAAAAUUUCUUUAUGAUUUUCUUGGGAGACCAUACCCAAGUCAAAUUUAUAUGGUUGUAUUUUGAAUUUCCUUAAAAUUUUUUGUACUGUUUCCCACCAAUGAAUAGCUUACAGGGUGAAAAUUAAGACAAUUGUUUGGAAAAGUGUCUUGGUAGUGCAGACUUGGUGUAGGUCAGGUCCCUCAAAAUGUUUCUGCUAAAAACCUUUAAUUCAAAUAUAGCAACUUCAUUCUCUUGAAUUUUUCUAUAAACACCAUGAUUAUGCCUUUGUAGGACCUUGUGGCUCCUUUUGUGGGCUGAAAUUGAGGUUUUGGUCAUUUAAAGUGUAUUUUAACCUGUUUGCAUGCUUGCAUGAAUGUUCAAUCUGCUUUGUGGUCAUUUUUAUUUUCUGAUUGUCCUCCAAAGACAUAAUAGUAGUAAUACAGUUCAUAUUCUUGGGUAUAAAUAUGUUUUGGACCUUUUUAAGAGUCAUUUUAACUCUCAGCUCACAGCUUAGGCUAAAAUGACUUUGAGAUGGUCCCGAAACAUAUUUAUGCCUGCGAAUCUAACCUCUAUUGUUUUAUUAUACCUAUCAAGUCUUUGCAGAUGUCACUGAAAACAGUAAUACCUUCUCUGGCAUUGUUGAGCACUUUCUCUCUCCCACUGUCAUUUUAAUUGAAAUUGUUUUGUUGAUGCAACUUUAAUUUCCUUUAUUACUUUUCUUAAUUUUAUUUUCAUGAAUUCAUUUGUAUAGGAAGUUGGAUACCGUGGCGAGAUUGGCUAUCAGACCUUUCUGUAUUCCAAUGAAGCUGAUAUCAGGAAAUUGUUUAUGUUUUUGGUGGAGCAUCUUCCAAAAGAGAGUUCAGAAUCAGCUGGUGAACCUUUAGGUAUUUCAUUUGUUUUACAAAGAAGGUCCUUCUUGCCAGACCUUACAUUUAACAACUAUUCACUAAAAGUGGAUAUUUACUGGGCUGUGCAGCAGGUAGGCAGAUAUUCACCACUAGCCACUGGCACUGAGGAGAAUAGUUGUGUUAGUAAAAUUAUACUGAAUCAGUUAGAUAAUAUAGGGCAAAAAGGUUAUUUUAACUCAUUUAUUCCUGCAACGAUUACAAUAUUUUCGGCUGCAAAUCCUGCACGAGUGUCAGAGAGAGAAUAGAAAAGGAUACACCAAGUCUGAGUAGAGUAGCCAUUUAGGGCAUGCCGUCAAUGCUAUCCACUGUUUUAGUAUAUACUAAAUCAUGUUAUUAGUUGCAUGAAGCAACUAAGAGACUGUACAGUGUAUAUUUAUCUCCCUAGAAACCAGUCUGUUAGAGGUUUAUCCACUCCUCCCCAGCAUUUUAUUCACUUUUCACCACAGUUUGCCAAUUUAUUUUGCUGACAUGCUGUGUUUAUAUAUGCUUUCCCAGGCUCAUCCGUAAUGUUGCACAGGCGAAUAUCAGCAGAGUUGUCCAAGAGGCUUAAGAGACCUUGGACUCCUUCAUUUUGCAAAAAGGACAGCAUCAGCUGGAGUGGAACCAAGCUCCAAGCUUGGCACAAAGAGGUACAAUCAUUUUUAUUAACAGACUUCUCUUAUUGUCCCAACAUUAGUCUCGAUCCUGUUCAUGUUAAUAAAGUAAUAAGAUGAUUUGGUAUCAUCAACUGAGUUUAUAACAUAAAUUGGCCACCAUUAAGGGUUUCAAAGCUGACAUUUUGAGCAUUAGCUCUUUGUCAUUAAUGCUCUGAAGAAGGGCUAAUGCUUGAAAUGCCAGCUUUGAAACUCUUAACAGGGGCUGAUUUAUGUUAUCAGCUCGGUUGAUAUUACAAAAUUACCUUGUUCUACUCUCCCACUAAGGCAGCACCACAGUUUCUUUAGGAAUGUACCCCCCCCCCUUUUUAUUCAUAUCAAAGCAAGUUAUGCAGGGGGCCUUGAUGAGGGUGACACUUUGAAAAGUCCUUCUGUGUCAUGUACAAGAGCUGCCAGCUGGUGAAUGGUACCGGUGGUGGCUUCAAGAAGGGAUAUGAAUUGGAGAAACAGCCUAGGAAACAGUUGAGAUUGAGUAAAAAUCUUGAUAAGUAACUUGCAUCUGUCAGUGUACUUUAAAAACUUGCAGACCACUCUACAUAACUGUAUCAGUGAGACUCAUUAAUGUCUAAUAAUCAUCAUAAUAUUUUAAAGGGAGCCAGAUCUGUGCGAAGAUUUCAUGCUUGCCCUGUGAGAGUACCAGAGGGUCUUGGAGAUUUAACCAAGAAAAUUCCUAAAGGUUAAUAUAAUUGUAUUUUGUAAAUUGUUAUUAAUAGUUUGUUUUGUCAUCGAUUCUGGAUCCAGUAUUCUGAAGGUAAACAAACUCUGCCUUUGUAAGUGAUGCCGUUAAAAAGCAACAAGAGACUUCACAAUUUUUUGAGCUGUAUUAGCAUCCUAGAGAACUUUAAAAAACUAUUAAUUAGGUAUAACAGUUUGCUUGGCUAGACAUACACCAAAAGAAAAAAAUGAAAAAAGAAAAAAAUUAAGAAGUAACAUGGAUAUAACAGAGUUCUUAAUAGGGAUGAAUAGAAGAGGUGACUGUUAUAGCUCCUCAAUCUGUAGCUCUUGAUCAGAUCAAUGGUUCUCCCUGGCCACAAUAUAAUCCCUUUAAAUCAGUUGAGAUAAUUUGGUUUCAUAUCAAUGAAGGUAACAUUCUCCAGCUGUCUUUUCUCUUGGUCUGCUUGUUUGAGGAUAUGGGUUUAUAGUGUAUGUAGGGAGAAUUUGUGUGUGUAUCUCUCUUAUGAGUUGAAGUGUUACGUUCUUAUAAUUGACUGAGUGUCUUAUCUCUUUUUACUGAUCUUUCCAGAAUUAAAAGCUUACUAUAGCAACUCAAUGCCACUCAUUACAAGCCAGCCAUCUUGCCGCCAAGAUGUUGCACCAUCUGUGUUAGAAGCCAAUGCCAUAUCUAUAACUCUAGCCAAUGAAUGGGAAAAUGAAUGGAACCAAAGUGGAUUAGCAUCACGGCUGUCUAAAGAGGUUUGUGGCUUGAUAGUGAGCCUACUGAUCUGUUUUGUGGGUGAUAAGGUAUGGAAAGAUGUCUAGCAAAUGCCUGUCUCUACCUGAAAAUGUUGUGGUCUGUUCCUAUCUUAGCCCAGGUCACCCUGAUGUGUUCUUGGCCAUGAAAAAUUUCUCUCCUUGUAAGAGUCUGUCAAUGCUUACGGGCAAAACUGUUGAGGAAUUGCAACAAAAAUGUUGCCCGUGCCAUUUAAUUUGACCAUGCUAUCUGAUAUUGCAGAAUUAACAUCUUGUCUAUAAUCAUCCCUCAAAAAAUAAUUCUCCUCAACUUCCCUACAAAGUAUGGAUUUUGGAAUUUCUGGUUAUUUUCUUGUUACCUCUGUACAAAUUGUCUCAGUCAAUUUUAUCAUGAAAGGUUCAUCUUGAUGAAAAUACUUUAACUCACCAAUUGACUGAUAACUUAAAUUUAGGAAUACCUUGCUCAGAAGAGGGAGCGUCUGGAGAAGAAGAUCAAACAGCACUUACAGAGUGAGCUGCAGAGGGCUGAUCUGAAUGCUGCAGCAAGUGGUGACCUCAGUGACAUUGUUUCAUCCCUUUCAGGUAGUUUAACCUUAAAGUCCUAGUAGUGGCCAAGACAGAAUUUCUCCUUACACUAUAAACAUGAUAUCAAGCAGACAAGUAAUGAGAAAGAAGAAAAAUAUCAAUCAGGGGAUUAUUGGUUGAUCCAAUUCCAAAUUCUCCAAACUAACAUCACAUAAAUUGUUUGGUAGACAGUAAGGAGAGUUACAAAUGAAAUCUUGGGAGUUAAAGGGUUAACUCUAUACACUCUAACAUCAGUAUAUGUAUAUUCUUCAAACAUACAGCUCUCUAUGUUACCUAUGGAACAAAUAAGGAGGAUUUAGUGAAAAAAUCAAGAACUUUUUGAGUCUAGGAUCAUUUCAUGAGAAAAAAAAAUGCUAUCAACUAAUAUAUAUUUUUUAAUGAGUUAAGAUUAGAAAGUGGGAAAUUAAUUGAUUCCUAGAAAUUAUAUAUUUCCCAGAAAUAAUUUAUUUCCCAGAAAUUAUUUAUGCAGGUUAAGAGGAAUCUGCAUAGAACCUUGCAUCAAACGAUUUAUCGAUUUCAAUGAAAUAAAUUUCUUCACCAGCAAACAUUGUAAGUCAGAUUAUAUAUAACUUGAACCUUUAAUGUGUGAUCAUCAAUUUCAGAGAAGAGACUUCAGGCAUUGCAGGGUUUAUUGACAGAACUUUUGUUUUAAACUUGAUGUAUUUUUUCAUUUCUUACAGACAAAGCUUUAGGUUCCUCUGCACCUUCCAAAGGAUCAAGAUUCACUCACACUGAACAACUUCAGUUUGCACAAGUAAGGUUAUCCUUUAACUUGAAAUUCAUUUUCAAGAGAGUGGUUGAUCUCAGAACUGAAAAAGAAAAGUAUGGAUUGCAGCUUUAAAUAAUUAGUGGUUCAUUUGCUGUACUAAUAAUUAGUAAUCUGCUUUGUUUAACUUGAAGGAGAUUGUUGUUCUUGUUUUUGUUUAUGAGUACCUUUUUUUUUUUCAGGAUGAGCAAAAAGCUGCUGCCAUGGUAGGACUCACUGAGGAAGGUCCUCCUGAAGUGGACACAGAGGAGGUGAAGCAUAUGGUGCUGGGUGUAAAAUGGCUACUGUGUGUUUUGUCCCUCGUCAAGAUUCUUUUCCUGUCAUGGCCAACUCUUUGGUCAACCUUAGUUGCUCGCUUUUUUUCAGACAGCCUUUUUAACAAAUUGUCAGUUGAAACUAUCGAGACACCACCUGAGUCUUACAUCCAACAAAAUCACGGCCAAACUGACAAAUCAGUUUUUGUAAAAUAAUUCAAAUAGUACGCUCUGAUUGGCCAUAAAACCAUUUUACAUGAGCGUAUGUAAACACGGAACGUUCCUAUUAGUUAUUUUAUAAAUUACCCUGAGGGAUCGAAACACGAGAUCAGUCGUACGUCCAACGCGACAUCACCUGAGUCUCACAUCCAACAAAAUCACGGCCAAACUGACAAAUCAGUUUUCUUCAAAACCAAACGGGUUUGUAACACUCGACUGACAAAAACUAUUCACUUGACUCAUGUGGUGACGACUUGCGCUCAGAUAUCGAGACGUCAGUCACCACUACCGACAACAGUUUUUCUCAGGACUAGCCUCACCCGGACGAUCAGACUACUAUAUCAAGUGUUACCCUUCGGUUCAAAUCACUUACGAGAUAACAGACCAAUCAGAUUGAUCCAUACACCAAGAUCGCAUUAAAUCAGUGCCAGGGUAUUCACUGUUCCCUUCAGAAACUGUUUAUUUAUUUUUGUUGUGUUUAUUGAUUUAUUGAUUUAUUAACGUUAUUUUGUGAGUAGGAGAUGAGGAAAAAAAGGGAGGAGGAACUCGAAGCGCUGCAAUCUAAACUGGCUGAACUGAGUGCUGGCAUCGAACGCGAUGAACUGGGGAUCAAGAAGUCUCUGGCUGGUAUACAACAGGUGGGCUCAGUAACUGAUCAUCAACCACUUAAGAAACAGAAAAAAACUUAAUCGCCCCCUAAUUAGCUCAAGUUGUAGAGUAAGGUAAUUUAGUUUUAUCAACUGAGUUGAUAUCGUAAAUUGACCGUCGUAGAGAGUUUCAAAGCUGAUGUUUUAAGCGCUAGCCCUUUGUAAUUCGCUCUGACGAAGGACUAACGCUCGAAACGUCAGCUUUGAAACUCUUUACGAUGGCCAAUUUACGUUAUCAACUCAAUAGAUAAUACUAAGUUACCCUGUCAUACUCUCCCACCGACGCAGCACCACAGUUUCUUAAGAAACUUACCCCUAUCUGUAGCGCCUACGGCGCUAUAGAAAUCCAGAUAGCCAUAUCAGUGUCGAUGACAACGAUUCCAACGAUGACGAUAAAAACGUAUCAAGUUUAAGUAUUUAUGGUGGUUGAUCAAUACGCAAAAAACGUUGAAAAAUGCGAGGUGGUGACGUGGAUGAUUUUAUUUCAGGCAAAUGAACAGAUCGCCAGUCAGAAGACCAAAAACUCUGAGCAGGAAGAAUUUUACAAAGUGAAGAAAAGAACGAUGGACUUACUGCCUGAUGCAGAGAACAACAUCGCUAAACUACAGGUAUUCAGUUCAAUUCAUGUAAAAAAAUGUUUUUUUUUUUCCGGGCGUAUACCGUUUUGUCCAGUUCUCUUUAUUUACUUCCCCUCCCAUUGCGUCUCCUUUCCUAGUUUGCCCACAAUCAUUUUCCUUUCAUAAUUUCGCGAGGAAGCGCAAGGCAAGCGCGAGAUUGAGCAGCGAGGAAUAUUCGGUUCAGGAAAUUUUACUUAAUCUGGAUAAGGUUCACGGAGUUUUCAUUUUCUCUUUCCCAAACCCCAUCUUCCACUCGCAUUCGUUAUAACGCUAGCUGCUCUCAUUUCCCUCGUGAAUUGGGCGAUGAUCCAAGAGAAAGUACCAAGCCUUUAAACAGACUAGUCCUCUUCUAUUCCCUGUCCAUAUCGGCCUUAAUAACCCUCCCUUCCCCCCCCUUUUUUUUUUACUAAAAAUCAUUUUAAAUUCAUAUUUCUAGAGUGUUGUAGAUUCCAGUGCGCAGCGACUUGUGAACUUGGCUCAGCAGUGGGAGCAACACAGGGCUCCUCUGAUUGAUCAGUAUAGGGAGUUGAAACAGCUCAAUGCCAACAGAGCGGUUAGUAUUUUCCAUCUUUUGUAUGCGACUUUUCAUUUUUUUGGUAUUCGUGUGCGACCUAGUCGCCAAAUAAUGUGAAAAUAAAGUGAAAGUUGAGUAAUCGCAAGAAAGCGAACCACAGCCGUAGAUGAUCGCAUUUCAAUAGGUUAUGGGCUUGAAUCUUCAUAAAUGACUUGGGAGAUUCCUUUGUGUAACGUUUGCGAUAAACAGAUUUACAAGAUGAUGCUCUACUUUUUCCUGUAAUAAAUCAAUUGAUAAAUUUCACCUACUGAUAGUUGAGUGUCAAAACGAAUUCAGUAUUGCAUUGAUUGGUCUACAACUCUAAUGCCACCAUUCCAACCACUCAGAUUUAAGAACCAAUCACGUCUUUAUCGCUCGCUUUUUCCCGCGCUUGAAGCCGACCACUCGUGUGUGACCCACUGUCUCAACCCUCAGUGGCUUCUUGCAAUACAUUCCUGUGUUCUGUAUGGCUAUUCCUCUGGUGUGCGAUGUGAUUACUUCGCGGGUUUUGGUUCCGUCCACAAACGUAAUUGGAAAGGGCUCUAUCGCCUUUAAAGUAUAGACAGGUGUCGUUAAAUUUACAGCAUUGACCCCUCAGCUUCGCUCCAGGCGAACAAAUAAUCACACUAACAUGACACUGACAUUCAGUUGGUGCUUAAGGAUUUUACUACUAAAAGUGAUUGAUUUCUCUUAGAAAAUAAUUGCAUUUGCUUGUUCAUUUUUUUUAAAAUAAGCUUUGCUUUGUUUUUUCUUUGUUUUUGGUUUCUUGAUUUUAGUCUGAAGCUCAAAAACAAUUGGAAGAGAUUAGAUCUCUUCGAGAAAAAAUGAAAGAAGUUGCAGAUGAAGCCAGAGGGAAAGAAGAACUGCAUAAACAGCUGGUAAUACGGUUAAGUGGUUUUUCAUCUGCCUUCGACAAUGUUUCUAGCAUCCCAGUCAAUAGUUUUCUUCGCUACACCAGCGAUCGAAAUGUAAAUAAUCCUGAAGCUAUUCAGAAACAUUUCUUUCAGUGUCGCUAUUUUAAAUAUACUUCGCAGCGUGGUACUCAGAGCCAAACAAAGAACAGGGACAGACCACUUUCGACUUGAGGUCGAGUGUUAACUUGUAUUUGAAAACAUUUCUUGUUUCUGUUGAAGAUUGCUGAAUAUGAGACGAUGAGGAAAGAUGUCAACAGGUCAGCGUACACUCGGCGUAUAUUGGAAAUUGUAGGAAACAUCAAAAACAGAAAGAAGAAAUUAACAAGGUAAAACAAUUUUCAAUUUGUUGAAUAUACUCCAGGUUUGCUUUGAUUUUAGUGCACCAAGCUCAAUCAUUGGUCACCAAGCCUCGCUCCAGCUACUCGAUCAAUCAGAUUCAAAACGUAAUCAUUAAACGCGACUUGGUCCGUUGCGUUUUCCCGCGCUUCAGCCGGGCAUUUUGUUGUUUUCUACCCUGAAUUCUUACUGGCUCAAUGUGAAAUUGAAAGGCUCUGUGAUUGGCCUAAAAACCACGUGCGAAUUGUUUGACCAAUCAGUUGGAGCACCAAAGCCAAUCGUGAAUUAGUCCUUCAUGUUUUCCUGCGUUGUUCGUUUUUAUUGGCCGAGGUAAAUUGCUUCUGGUUCUACUUCACUCUUUCGAAAAAUGCUCAAUAUCUUAAUAAGCUUGGUUUUGAAAGUCAUUUGAAACUCUAUUGAGGCGUUUUUUUAAUCUCCUAUCAGUGACCAAGGAUUGAAUUUAUCGUUUUCAUUGAGUAGUUUGAAUUUUUCUUUUUCCUGUAGACUUUGAUCGACACGAAAGAUCUUCAAAAGGAAAUUAAUCAGUUAUCUGGGAAGCUGGACCGAACAUUUGCCGUCACGGAUGAACUUAUUUUUAGGGUUUGUAGUUAGCGAUUGUUUUUUGUGGCGGAAUGAAGACCAUUCAAUCAAUUAGAAGAAUUCAGAGAAAAGCAACUGCUUUUAUUGAGAAAGUUUAGAUUGUUUCCAUUCAUUUUCAUUCGCUAGCGGUCAUUCACGACUAUAUUUCAGUAGCAGAUAUUCGGGUGCGACAAGAAAAAUGUUGAUGUGGCUUGUUAAAUCAGCUGUCAUUUCCCUGCAGAUUGAAUUGAAUGCAGAAUCUCAAAAAAAAUGUUCAUAUUUAGUCAGUUUUGAUGGUUCGUAAUAAGAGCUUUGGAUUUCAUCGCUAAAUUUGCUCAAUCAUUGACAAUGCUAGAUGAGAUUCAGUAUGAAUCAUUAACCUUUUCACCUCCAAGAUCUCAUUGGUAACUCUCCUUACUUUCUGCCAUAUGACUCUUUUGGUGUGAGUUCGGAGAAUUUUGUAUUGUAUCAAUUAAUGAUCCCUUAAUUUAUAUUUUGGUUUAUUCUCGUCAUUUGUCUACCUGAUAUUGUAUUGGUAUUGUAAGGAGAAAUUCUGUCUUGGUCAUUCAUGGGAGUAUAAGUACAAAGCUAAGGUUCAUCAGUGUUAUCUACUGAAGUCGAAGGCAAAAAACCCGGGCCUUGAUGAUUCUUGAUAUCCUUCCAAAGCUGAAUACCAUAUUUUUUUUUACUAUGCACGCUUUAAAACUAUUUUCUUCAAGUACGACGCAAUAUUUUUUGGUAUAAUGUCUGCGGGUAUGACGUAACGAAAACAACGCCUGCUUGAAGAAGCAGCGUGCUUACAGCUAAUCAGAAUCUAGGAAGUGACACUGUCGUUUAAUAAGAUUUGUUUUCCACCUGUUCUUCUGCAGGAUGCCAAAAAAGACGAGUCUUGUCGCAAGGCUUAUAAAUAUCUCGCUAGUCUUCACGAGGUAAACUUAAAUCAUUCAUUACUUUUUCUUUGUCAAAGUACUUUUGUAUCGAUAAAGGCUUUAUAGAAUUAAGCCCUAGGGGACUGUUUUUCCGUGUUUACAUAGCCGCAUCCGAACACUGCAGAGGGGGUUGGCCCGAGGAGUGGGGGAAUUAUUUAAUAUUGUAUCAACCCAAGACGCUGUCCAGGCUUUGCAUAAGUUCCGAGAAUUCUCUAGUGACAUGUAACCUCGAACUCUUUAUGAAUUGAGAAACGGGUGUAAAAACACAACGAGAUUAGUGAGGACUCUACAAUAAUUGUUUCCGUGUUGCUUGAGUAGAAUGCACUCGCAAAAGCGCAAAGAACACACGCUCAAGACACGCGAGAGGCGUGGCACUCGCGCGCAUGACCUCUUAUGUUUGCGGGUAAGUUAAGUAUCAAGGACAGAGAAUUGCAAACAGUUGCGUUGUCGAAAAACGUUAAAGAUCUUAAGAUUGUGUUUAUCACAUAACGUGAGAAAGUUUUUGUAGAUGAGAUUCUUCAGGCAAUUUGUAUAAGGGUAGUCGACAGUGCGCCCUAUCAGGAGAGGGUUCCAUCCGUGGCUUCAGGAGUUAAUGGUCGAGAGAUAUCAUGUUGCGUGAUUAUUGACCUGUUUUCGGCGAUCCUCGUGUGUUUCAGAACUGCAAAGAGCUGAUUCAGUCUGUAGAGGAAACGGGAUCGAUUUUGAGAGAAAUACGAGAUUUGGAGGAUCAGGUAUGGCACGUAACGUAACGUAACACCUAACGUAACGUAACACCUAACGUAACGUAACAGUUCGCACUGAGUCGUGAAAAAACUGACCAAAGCAAUCACGCGCCUCACCGCCUUCUACAGAUUUUACCUACCAUUUUGUCUGCUUUAACUGACAGUUCACAGAUUGAUAUUGAGCAAUGUCACAGCUGCCAUUAGCCUGUUCCAGGCGUGCAGUUAGUUAAACGGAGCAAAAUAGAAAACGGCGAGAUAGUAGUAGAUGAGUGAAAAAGCGAAAAGGGUUUUGGUCGUUUCAUUACGUGACCCUACCCAGCCCCCCUCUGUUUCUAACUCCUCAGCUACUCUAGCGCUGUUUAUCAUCGUGCUUCGUUUUACUCACUGAACGCCUGGAACAGGUCAACCUGCCAUGUUGUACUCUCUUUUAACCCUCUACAACCUAUCAUCAGUACGGAAGUUCUCCAUACCCGUCUCUAUACAUUUCGUACGGUAGAACUAUCGUACUUCCAAGGAGAAUUUUUCCAACAAUCAAGAACUCCUUGAGUUCGUGAUCGUGUCCUUUAUUCCUAUAAUCUUAACGGUUGACUCAGGCGUGCUACUGAUGGGAGAAAGUAUUUGCUUAUCACUCUUAGGGGUUAAAGGUUUAUUUAUUUCUAUCAUUGUAGAUUGAAAUGGAAAGUCAGAAGAACACAGCAACAAACCUCGAGCGAAUUACUGCAGACUACAAGCAGAUGAAAGAAGAGAACAAUACAUUGACGAAGAAACUAAAAGCGGCCAAAUAAAAGAACCCAAAUAAUUUUUAUUCAAACAUAUAUUUUUUAAACAAAUUAUGCCUGACUGAAUGAUCAAUUUGAGUUAGUAGAGGUGUUUUCGAGAACACUGUUUUUGAUCAUUAAAACUUCAACC